GUAUGAGAUUGUGAGUGUUACGUCGUCGUUUUAGUCGUUUUAGGUGGAAGCAAACCCAAAACCCUAUUAUGAGAUGAGCAGGGAGUCCAGGGACAAGUGACAAUUGAAGAAUGGCGAAAGUGACGAUGCUGGGAAUGCCUGGGCCAUGGGCUCACAACAAUCGUGAACCUGCCGAUCCUUACACCACCAAAGUUGGAGGUCUCCCUGAUUGGCCCCUUCCCAACCACGCAGUAGACGCUAACUUGCUUCACUGCGGCAACUGCGGCACUAAACUGUGCCUUAUCGCACAAGUCUAUGCUCCCCUUUCAAAUCCAAAUCGCAGCCUUCAACAACGCCUUCUUUUCCUUUUCGGUUGCCUUACUCCCAAAUGCCACAGCUGGCGAGUUCUUCGACUUCAGAAUAUUCACGAUGCAGAGGACAAUUCUCUGCUAGCUGAUGUACCGGAUGAACCAUCUGCUGCUGCUGCUUUGUCGAAUGAUGAUGACAGUGAAGACGAAGUGGAUGUCCAAGAACUGGGGAAGGCACUCUUUGCAGCUACCACUUUUGCUACUCCCAGUAACCUUAAAACCAAGAAGAAGAAGAAGAAGAAGAAGAAAACACCCGGAAGCCAAAAUCACAAGCCUCCAGCAGCUGUCCCCCUUGAUGCUGAUACGCCAGUGAUGCCUUGCUUUUAUAUAUACACACAGGAAGAACCACCUUCAAAAGAUCUUAAUUCUGUGUGUUCUAGCUAUUCAUCUCUUUCUAUUAAGGAGAAUGGAAAUGAUGCUGAGUAUCAUUCACAAACAGAAGAAACUUGGGACAAGGAACAAUAUGAAUAUGAUAAAGCUCUGACUGUUGAUAGGACAUACCUCAAGUUCAAGAAACGACUGGAUUCUUAUCCUGAACAGUGUUUCAGAUACUCAUAUGGUGGGAAGCCACUUUUAGCUGCAGCUGCGGAAAUAGACCCUGGUAGUUGCGGGCACUGUGGCAGACCGAGGCAAUUUGAGAUGCAGCUUAUGCCUCCAUUACUAUAUUUCCUUCAGGAAACACUUGAGGGUGAGCAAAGACAGAUGAUUGAAAACUGGGAAUGGAUGACCCUUAUUGCUUUUACUUGUUCUGAGAGUUGCCAUGAGCAGAUCGAGCAAGCAAAUCUGGAUAGCAAGGGCUGGAUUGUAGUGGAGGAGAUAGUUGUGGCUCAAUACGAGGAAUCCUUGCCCAUUCAGCAUGGAUAUUUCUCAUGAUCAAUAGAAUUCCAGAAAAAAGCACAUUAAUUUUCACACAACAGAAGCAACCAGGGAAACUUGAUUAUGCCAAGUACAAAGAUGAAGUUAUUGUGCAAGUUAUAGAUUAAUCAGAUAAAUGGAGUUUUGUUUUGGAAUUGACUUCCAUAUUCAAGAUAUUGCAUGAGUUGAGCUCCUGUACUUGGAUGCUGGAUCCUACACCUUCCUAGAUUUAUUACUAAUUUUGAAGCAGGUUUCACUCAGCCUUGGAAUUUUUAAACCGCAUAACAGAAUUCUUGUUCAGUUGUGCUACUGGAUGUUCUAGCACUCAUUAGUUAUCGUGCCAUUAUGAAUGUCUCAAUUUAAAUUAUUGGUGCCAAAAGUUGUAGGUGAAUCCAGCGGCAUUUGGUAAUGGUUACUGUUUCUUGUGAGUUGUGAUGCACCUUUGUAAUAUGUAUAUACUUUGUGGUACAUAGAUCAUAGAAGAGCUACCCUUAUAUACCAUUUUAGUA